CUCUCCGUAAACAUACCUAAUAUGUGAUGAAUUCCUGGAAUUUCUGCGGGCAGUCAAUGCCCGUAGACUGUAGAGUAGUCGAGCCUUGCGCCCACACUCCACAGCCCACAGGGGCCGGAGCCCAUCACCCAUCAACUCCUAACGAGCACGAUGGCCCAGAUACAGGCAGUCCUCGGAUAUCUCAAGGCUUACAUUGGGACCGGAGACACAAUGAAUCCAGACACUAACGAAUUUAAGCCUGUGAUGCGCUGCCGCAACAACUAUAAUUACGGCCUCAUUAUUGCCUCUAACGGCAAUGGCCUCGAUUCUCCCAUGGGAGCUCCUGGCAUGGUGACUGUCUGGACCUACGCCUUAGGCAACGUCUCCCAAGCGGGGCAUCGCCUCGCCUUGCGGUGUUUGACCAAUGUGGUACUCUCGUCGCCGAUGAGACAGGUCUUUGUCAAAAAGGCGUACCCAAGGAAACCAAUAGAGCUCAUGAUGUAUGUCCACAAUGCGACCGACGGCUGGGAUGCAUUUGUCGCUGCCAGGAUGCUGCUUAACUGCGUGGCCGACGAGAAUCUGGUUCUUUCGCAUUUCUUCGAGAGCACCAGCCUAGCUGAGACACCCGACACGUCUCCCAUCUCCCCCAUUAUCGACUGCCUCGCCACCUUCUUUUUCAUUGCGGAGUAUCAUGAUGAAAACACGCCUUGGCCACCACUCAACGAUGUGAAGCUGGUCGACCUCCUCCAUGCUACCCUCAAUUUCCCCCAGCAAGACGAGUUGGAAGUAGCGUCUCUCGCCCCUUGUGGCUCUCUUUACCUUGAUCGACUCCUGCUGAUGGCGCUCUCGGGCGACAAUUCGGAGCAGCUGGUACGCAAUGUCGGAUACGACUGUGCGUCUCGCUUACUUUUCUCUCUGGGCGUGCCGGUUCCGCCAGCCGACGACCAGGGGGGGUGGGAUGCCGAGUCUCAGUCCGAGAUUAAUCCCAUCACGGGCCAACACCGAGGCAGGGAGCAACAAGUAGACUUGCCGGAGAUGACAGAGGUAGAGAAGGGGCGCGAAGCGGAGAGGUUGUUCGUCUUGUUUGAACGCCUACGGAGCAUGGGGGUGGUGAACGUUGAGAACCCAAUGAGUUUAAGUGGCCCGCGCACAUGCCCACGGAAGUUUGCCAAUGUCUUAGCAUGUGCGAGCGACGUUGACGUCGCCGACCGGCCCUCUAAAUUGGCAGUAGGGAAAGUGCGCCGGGAAAAUACGUGAGUAUGAGUUGUGCUGUUGUG